GUCUCACGUUGAUAUAGUCAAGUUUUGUCUACUCCUUUUUAAAAAAAUCUUUAACCUUUUCGUAUGUAUUCCCUAGUUUCGAGUACAAAAAUGUUUUGUGCAGGAAUUGUGCAGCGUAGACUGAGCCUGGGCCUAUCUCAAACGUUCGGUUUGAUGCCCAAGAAGCUGUAUUCUGAGGAGAAGAAGCCCCCAAAUGUUUUUCUAUGGGGUGGUGGACUCGGAAAGUUGCAAGGGGGUCUGAAGGAGGAGGAGUAUUUCAUUUCUCUUACCCAGAACCUCAUGUGCAAAAUGCGGGAAAAAAAGGACCAAGUGGACUACAUGCCCAACUGGGAUGAGUUUCAGAAGACACUUGACCACGCCUCUCUUGGCAACUCAUCGUUUAUGAACAAGCACAAGAAUGUGCUGGAGGAGGCAUUUUUCUUAAAUGAGACCGCAGACGAUAUUAAAAUAUUACAUGAUCGUGCCCAAGAAGACCCUAAAGUUGUAGAUAACACUGCCAAUGAAUUGGAACGGACGUCAGAUACGAAAAACACAAAAUAGUUAUUGGUUUUUUAAUACUUGUCAUUCACUCGUUACUUGAGAGACGCAUCAUCACUCAACUUUUUCAAAUGACAGCUCAAUAAAAUUGUUAGUUGCAAAGUUUGAAAUACAAAAAAAAAGGUUCAAAAUUCAAA